CCUAUCAUUACCCGAGCUCCAUUCACAGCACACAAAUCAAACCUAGCAUUCCUCACCCUUCUUCUCCGUCAACGACUCAACGGGCUACUUCUUCUUCUUUCUUCACCCACAACGCCACCACCAGCCACCCUAACCGCCGCAGCUACCUUCUUGUCUCUUUUAAUAGUGCUUCAAUUUUCUAGCUAGCUCCUUAUUAUUUAUUUUUUAGUUUUGAAAUUCGUAAAUAUUUUGAUUAUCGGUUUGGGCACUUUGUGUUUGUGUUGCUGAUCUUAUCGGCUUCUUCCACAUCCUCAAUCCAAUCGUUGUAUCAUUCCCUUCCAGAUCUAAUUACUAAUUUUCGUUUCUAAUUCAGUCUUGCUAACCCUAAAAUUCAUAACAUGCUUUGGGAUCUUAUCCACGGAAUCUUCCCCUCUAAUUUGUUGAAUGGAUAUCAAAUUAGGGGCGAAGAUCGAAAUCACUUGAUUUUAUUUUUCAUUGAGGAACUAUUAGCUACUCAAGUGGCAAAAAGAUUAAAGUAUGCAUGAGUAAUGAUUCGUGUGGGUAUCUGCUUGAUCAUAAUUGUUUUGUUUUGGUGUGCCUUUCAAUCUCUCAAGCAAAUGCAGCUUCCGGAAUGGCGGUCCAUGAUGAUUGCAAGUUGCGGUUUUUGGAGCUCAAGACAAAAAGGACUCACAGGUUCAUAGUUUUCAAGAUUGAGGAGAAUCAAAAGCAAGUCAUUGUGGAGAAGCUUGGUGAGCCAGCUCAAGGCUACGAAGAUUUCGCUGCUUGCCUCCCUCCUAAUGAGUGCCGCUAUGCUAUAUAUGAUUUUGAGUUCUUGACCGAAGGCAAUAUCCCCAAGAGUAGGAUUUUCUUCAUUGCAUGUUGCAGUUGGAAAUGUACUUGUUGGAGAGCAAGGCAGGUGCCAUAGUUUGUGUGCUUUUGGCCCUUUUCUUCUUGGGGACAUGGCCUGCUAUCUUGACUUUGUUAGAGAGGCGAGGGCGUCUUCCUCAGCAUACUUAUCUUUAUUACUCGCUCACCAAUUUCCUUGCUGCUCUUUUCAUUGCAUUCACAGUUGGUGAGAUAGGCAAGAGCACACCAAGUGAGCCAAAUUUUUUAGCUCAACUUGCUCAGGAUAAUUGGCCCUCUGUUCUGUUUGCAAUGGGGGGUGGUGUGGUCCUAAGCCUUGGGAAUCUGGCCUCGCAAUAUGCUUUUGCUUUUGUUGGGUUGUCAAUUACUGAAGUCAUCACUGCAAGCAUAACUGUUGUUAUAGGCACAAGCUUGAAUUACUUUUUGGAUGGAAAAAUUAAUAGAGCUGGGAUUCUUUUUCCUGGAGUUGGUUGCUUUCUGAUUGCAGUUUGUCUAGGUUCUGCUGUUCAUUCUUCGAAUACUGCUGAUAAUAAAGUCAAGCUCAGCAAUUUAUCAAGUGAUUAUAACGCUAGAUUAGUGGACUCUUUCAUAGAAGGAGGUCUUGACGUGAUUUGCACUGAUAGGACAUUGGUCUUUUAUGAGAAGCAAGAGAACUUGUCAAAAUUAUGAGAUAUUCUUGCAGUUUAUGCUUGGCUAGAUAAAGAUGUUGGCUAUGGUCAAGGUGUAUUUCCUGUAAAAGCUUCUAAAUUUGAAAGGAGAUGAUGGUUUCAGAAUGAAUGAAGUGCUUGUGUCAUUGUUGCCAAAGAUGUUCAUGGAAAUUCCUGAAAGUUUAGGCACAUCUAUAGAGGA